AUGGAGCCGCCCGGGCGCCCGCGGGGCCGAGCGCUGCUGCCGCCGCCGCCGCUGCUGCUGCUGCUGCCGCUCGCGCUGCUCGGAGGAGGAGGAGGCGGCGGCGGCGGCGUGGGCGGCGGCGGCGGGGUCGGGGCGCUGCCUGCCGGCUGCAAGCACGACGGGCGGCCGCGCGGAGGCACCGGCCGGGCAACGAGUGCCCCCGAGGGCAAGGUGGUGUGCAGCAGCCUGGAGCUCGCGCACGUCCUGCCCCCGGACACGCUGCCCAACCGUACCGUCACCCUGAUUCUGAGCAACAAUAAAAUAUCUGAGCUGAAAAAUGGUUCAUUUUCUGGAUUAAGUCUCCUUGAAAGAUUGGACCUCCGGAACAAUCUUAUUAGUAGUAUAGAUCCAGGUGCCUUUUGGGGACUGUCAUCGCUAAAAAGAUUGGACCUGACAAAUAAUCGAAUAGGCUGUCUGAAUGCAGACGUAUUUCGAGGACUUUCCAGUCUGGUUCGGCUAAACCUUUCAGGAAAUUUGUUUUCUUCAUUAUCUCAAGGAACUUUUGAUUAUCUUGGCUCACUACGGUCUUUGGAAUUUCAGACUGAGUAUCUUCUGUGUGACUGUAACUUACUAUGGAUGCAUCGCUGGGUAAAGGAGAGAAACAUCACUGUGCGGGACACCAGGUGUGUUUACCCUAAGUCACUGCAGGCCCAGCCCGUCACAGGUGUGAAGCAGGAGCUCUUGACUUGCGAUCCUCCCCUUGAACUACCAUCCUUCUACAUGACUCCAUCUCAUCGCCAGGUUGUGUUUGAAGGAGACAGCCUUCCUUUCCAGUGCAUGGCUUCGUACAUAGACCAGGAUAUGCAGGUGUUAUGGUAUCAGGAUGGGCGGAUCGUGGAAACAGAUGAAGCACAGGGCAUCUUUGUGGAAAAGAGUAUGGUUCACAACUGCUCACUGAUUGCAAGUGCCCUAACCAUUUCUAAUAUUCAGGCUGGAUCUACUGGCAAUUGGGGCUGUCAUGUCCAGACCAAACGUGGGAACAACACGAGAACUGUGGAUAUUGUGGUAUUGGAAAGCUCUGCCCAGUACUGCCCACCGGAGAGAGUCGUGAACAAUAAAGGUGACUUCAGAUGGCCCAGGACACUGGCGGGCAUCACGGCCUAUCUGCAGUGCACCCGGAACUCCCAUGGCAGUGGGAUCUAUCCUGCAAACCCCCAGGAUGAGAGGAAGGCAUGGCGCAGAUGUGACAGAGGUGGCUUUUGGGCAGAAGAUGACUAUUCUCGCUGCCAGUAUGCAAAUGAUGUCACUAGAGUUCUUUAUAUGUUUAAUCAGAUGCCCCUCAAUGUCACCAAUGCUGUGGCAACAGCUCGGCAGUUACUGGCUUACACUGUGGAGGCAGCCAACUUUUCUGACAAAAUGGAUGUUAUUUUUGUGGCUGAAAUGAUAGAAAAGUUUGGAAGAUUUACCAAAGAAGAAAAAUCAAAAGAGCUCGGUGACGUGAUGGUGGACAUCGCCAGCAACAUCAUGUUGGCUGACGAGCGUGUCCUGUGGCUGGCUCAGAGGGAAGCAAAAGCCUGUAGCAGAGUUGUUCGCUGUCUGCAGCACGUUGCUGCUCACCGGCUGGCCAGUGGGGCUCACGUGUACUCCACGUACUCUCCCAAUAUUGCUCUGGAAGCUUAUGUCAUCAAGGCCGCUAGCUUCACGGGGAUGACCUGCACCGUGUUCCAGAAAAUGGCUGCCUCUGAUCGCACUGGCCUUUCUGACUAUGGAAGGCGGGAUCCUGAUGGAAACCUCGACAAGCAGCUAAGCUUCAAAUGCAACGUCUCGAAUACGUUUUCAAGUCUGGCUCUGAAGAAUACGAUCGUGGAAGCUUCUAUUCAGUUUCCUUCAUCCCUUUUCUCACCAAAGCGAAAACGAGAAGUCCGACCUCUGGAUGAUGCUGUAUAUAAGCUUCAGCUGAUUGCAUUCCGGAAUGGGAAGCUGUUUCCAGCCACUGGAAAUUCCACCAAUUUGGCUGAUGAUGGGAAGCGCCGUACAGUAGUGACCCCUGUGAUCCUCACCAAAAUAGAUGGUGUGACCAUAGAUACCCACCACAUCCCUGUUAAUGUGACGCUGCGUCGAAUUGCACACGGAGCAGAUGCUGUGGCAGCGCAGUGGGACUUUGAUUUGCUGAACGGACAAGGAGGCUGGAAGUCAGAUGGGUGCCGUAUACUAUACUCGGAUGAGAAUAUCACCACGAUUCAGUGCCACUCCCUGAGCAACUAUGCAGUGCUAAUGGACUUGACAGGCUCGGAACUGUACAGCCCAGCAGCCAGUCUCCUGCAUCCUGUGGUUUACACUACUGCUGUCAUUCUCCUCUUGUGUCUCUUGGCUGUCAUUGUCAGUUAUAUAUACCAUCACAGCCUGAUUCGGAUCAGCCUCAAGAGCUGGCACAUGCUGGUGAACUUGUGCCUGCAUGUGUUUCUCACCUGUGUGGUUUUUGUGGGAGGAAUUACCCAAACAAGAAAUGCCAGCGUCUGUCAAGCAGUUGGAAUCAUUCUUCAUUAUUCUACCCUUGCUACGGUGUUAUGGGUGGGAGUGACUGCUAGAAAUAUCUAUAAGCAAGUCACUAAAAAAACGAAGCGCUGCCAGGAUCCUGAUGAGCCACCACCGCCACCAAGACCGAUGCUCAGGUUCUACCUGAUUGGUGGCGGGAUCCCCAUCAUAGUUUGUGGCAUCACAGCGGCAGCGAACAUCAGGAACUAUGGCAGUCGGCCAAGUGCACCCUAUUGCUGGAUGGCGUGGGAACCCUCCAUGGGAGCCUUCUACGGACCGGCUAGCUUCAUAACUUUCGUAAACUGUAUGUACUUUCUGAGCAUAUUUAUUCAGUUGAAAAGACACCCUGAGCGCAAGUAUGAGCUCAAGGAGCCCACGGAAGAGCAGCAGAGAUUGGCAGCCAAUGAAAAUGGCGAGAUGAAUCACCAGGACUCGAUGUCUCUGUCUCUGAUUUCUACGUCCACGUUGGAGAAUGAGCACACUUUCCAUUCUCAGCUUUUGGGGGCCAGCCUUACUUUGCUCUUGUAUGUGGCCCUGUGGCUGUUUGGGGCCAUGGCCGUUUCUCUGUAUUAUCCCUUGGACCUGGUUUUUAGCUUCUUUUUUGGAGCCACGUGUUUAAGCCUCAGCGCGUUCAUCGUGGUUCACCACUGCGUCAAUAGGGAGGACGUGAGACUUGCGUGGGUCAUGACGUGCUGUCCGGGGCGGAGCGCCUACGCUGUGCAAGUCAAUGUCCAGCCCGCGACCUCCGGCGGGGCCAACGGAGAGGCCCCCAAGUGCACGAACAGCAGCGCGGAGUCCUCCUGCACCAACAAAAGUGCCUCGAGCUUCAAAAACUCCUCCCAGGGCUGCAAGCUGACAAACCUGCAGGCUGCCGCCGCCCAGCGUCAUGCCAGCGCUUCCCCUGUGAAUGCCGCUCCCCAGCUGGACAACAGUCUAACCGAGCACUCGGUGGACAACGAUAUCAAAAUGCACGUGGCGCCCCUGGAUGUGCAGUUUCGAACAAACGUGCACCCUAGUCGCCAUCACAAAAACCGCAGUAAAGGACACCGGGCCAGCAGGCUGACAGUCCUGAGAGAGUACGCCUACGAUGUCCCGACCAGUGUGGAAGGAAGCGUGCAGAAUGGCCUACCUAAAAGCCGCCCCGGCAGCAAUGAGGGUCAUUCGAGGAGUCGGAGGGCGUAUUUGGCCUACAGGGAGAGACAGUACAACCCGCCCCAACAGGACAGCAGCGAUGCCAGCAGCUCCCUUCCCCCAAACAGUCGAAAUGUUGAAAAGCCUGUUUCAACUAGUAGCAAAAAAGAUGCAGGAAGGAAGCCGAAUGCAGUCGAACUUGAAAGUCAGCAGAAGUCUUACGGUCUGAACUUGGCCUGUCAGAAUGGACCAAUUAAAAGCAAUGGGCAGGAAGGAGCCUUGCUAGCUACUGAUACCACUGGUAACGUUAGGACGGGAUUGUGGAAACACGAAACUACUGUGUAGCGCUGCUGGGCUGCCUAGACCGAGGUUGAUUAAAAACUGUGACACUCACAUUCCUGUAAGCUACGAACAUUUAGAAACAAACUGUUUACAGCUACCUUAGGGAUUCAAAAUAAUUUUAAAUGCACUUCUAAGUUUUGGAAUUUACUUACUUUGUAUUCACACAUGGUUGCUUUUUUUCAGGAAUUAAAAAUAUCCUUUAAAGUAGUAUUUUACUUGUUGAAGCACCAGCCGGACAUUUUGGGAAUCAAAAAUGUAAUGUUUUCGAGUCUGUAAUAUCUACUUAAUAUUUCAGGUUUGUAUUUAAUAAAAUAAAUAGGACUUGGUCUUAAUCUUUUAGUUUUACAUUUUACACUAUAAAAAGCAUUUUGCCUGUAAUGAAGUUUAUGCAGCGGGUUCUUAGGAGGCGAGUCAGGCAUUUCAGUUAACUACUGAUAACAUUCGUGUCAGUGAUUUUUGAAUCUAUGUAUUUUAUAAAUACAGUUUUAAAUGUUAUAGGCUUUAAAAAGGAUCUCACAGAAUGUUUUUAAAAUGGAAAUGCCUCCAAAACCCUUUUCUGACUUACAUAAUUUUGUCAUCACACUCUGGUCCUAUUAAUACUACCUUUUUUAACA